AUGAGCAUCGCCUGGUGGCUGUUGGUGGUACUAGGGCUGCAGACCAUUAUUGCAAGUCACGGGCAUAAGGUCAAAUCGAAACCUCGGGUUCGAAAAUCUGGACCGAUCCUACCUCCACAGCCAACAUUCUUAGAGAAAGGUGCCAUACCCACGACCGGUGGCACAGGGAAGGGAGAAGAUUGUAAAUUUCCAUUCAAGUACAAGGGGAAGCCAUACAACACGUGUAUAACCAAGGAGAAGAGAAAGCAGCCUUGGUGCAGUACAACUGAUGAUUAUGACAAGGACAAGAGAUGGGGAUUCUGCAAUGGUUCCAUAAUCGCCCAUGCCGGGAACAGCCACGGGGAAUACUGUGUCUUCCCCUUCACCUACUUGGGGCAAGUCCACUACACGUGCGUCAGGUCGUCAUCGUACCCAGGGACGUGGUGUUCCACAACGAAAAGCUAUGACAAGGACAGGAAAUGGGGGUACUGCAAGCCUACAAUUUGCCCUUCCGGCCAAAACUUCCAAUGGGAGAUACGGACAAAUACUACCAUAACCCUGAAGCCUCAAAAGCACGUCACCGCCACAAACUUGGACAGAUGCCAACAAACCUGUAUCAAGGAAAAGAACUUUAAGUGCAAAUCCACCCAGUUCAAUAUCGCGAAGAAACGAUGCAGCAUGUCAACACUGCAUAAAAAGACACUAAAGAAGGAUCAGCUUGUUAGAAAGUUCGGGACAACUUAUGCAGAGUGGAGAUGCACGUCUGGUCAGGUGAGGACGUUUGGAGGCAAUGCUAAGGGGUCAACGUGUGUCUUCCCCUUCAAAUACAAUGGACAGAACCAUUUCUCCUGCAUUGUAACCACAAAGAUAGCACGACCAUGGUGUGCCACGACUGGCGACUUCGACAAGGACAGGCAGUGGGGACUGUGCAUGGUAUCGACGAAGACCUACGGCGGCACAGGGGGUGGAAGGUAUUGUAUCUUCCCAUUCAAGUACCGAGAUAUCUACUUCUACAGCCCAAUCAAGGUCAAGAAUCGAUCAUGGUGCGCCACGUCAUCAAACUUUGAUCUUGACAGGCAAUGGGGCUUCUGCAAAGAAUCCAAGUGUAAUAAGGGUUACACGGUACUCCAUGGCCGAUGUAUCAAAGAUGAAGGUAUAGUGCAGACCUUUGGGGGCAAUGGAAAGGAAAAUGACUGUGCUAUACCAUUUUGGUACGGAGGGAAGCUACGUUACUCCUGCAUCAUGGACUACUCGAAGCGACCAUGGUGCGCCACGACCAAAUACUACCCUCUAGAUAAAACGUGGGGCUAUUGCAAAGGCACCGUCCGAGUCAUAGGUGGCAACGCCGAGGGGAGCUUCUGUAUCUUCCCGUUCAAGUACCGUGGCAAGUCGUAUAGCCGGUGCACGCAGACAGGGGGCUUCAAGCGACCAUGGUGCGCCACCACGGACAACUACGACAAAGACAAGAAGUGGGGAUUCUGUUCUGCGGGCCAUUGUCCAACAGGUGAAAACCUUGACUGGGUCACCGAAGUUCACCAUGGGAUCAUUGGACACGAUGACAAAAUCGUACCCGAGGUAACGUCCGUCAAAGAAUGUCAACUGCUUUGCCUCGGAGAGAGAUCGUUCCGGUGCCGAUCAGUUGAGUACUACAUCCCUGGCCAGGCAUGCCUCCUCUCCGGUACCAACGUGAAGCGGGCCGGGAAGAUGCAGUACGGGCAUAUGGCGAAUAAGGUGUAUUCGGAAUGGAUGUGCAGUGCAAAUCAGAUCGAAACGUUCGGAGGCAACGGCAAAUCCAAAGGAUGUGUGUUCCCAUUCCGUUACCAUAAGAAGAUCUACUAUAGCUGUAUCAUGCAGGACGCCAAGAAGCCGUGGUGUUCGACCACCAAGGAUUAUGAUAGCGAGUCAACAUGGGGAUACUGCAAAGAGCCGAUCCAGACUGUCGGAGGAAAUUCGGAUAACGCCUACUGCAUCUUCCCGUUCAAAUAUAACGGCCGGUACUACUACGACUGUAUCGAGGCGGCCAACAAGAACCCAUGGUGCUCUACUACGCCAAGCUACGACUUGGAUAAGAAGUGGGGAUUCUGUAGAAGUGAAAAGUGCGGCAUCAACGAAAACCUUGAAUGGUUUGAGGAAAAGGACCACUGGAUCUCUGGCCACAAGGACAAGAUAAUCAACGACAUCAACAAUGUGGAGGAUUGCCGCCAACUCUGCCUCAACCAGAAGGACUUCUACUGUCGGUCGGCGGUGUACUACACCAUUGGGCACGCUUGUUAUCUUUCAGGAAGCAACAGGAUUACGGCGAAGAAAUUCUUCAUAAAGAGGAAGUUUCAUAUUUAUACCGAAUGGCAGUGCAAGGGAGGGGAGAUAAAGACGUACGGAGCAACUGGCCACGGGAAACCAUGCGUGUUCCCCUUCGAGGUGAAGGGGCAACUCCACUAUUCCUGCACCAUGCAAAGAGCGAAGAAGCCCUGGUGUGCCGUGACCAAGCAUUAUGACAGAGACAAGAAAUGGGGGUUCUGUAAAGAGACAAUCAGAACGUACGGAGGAAACACCAAGUCGGAAUUUUGCAUCUUCCCCUUCAAAUACAAGGGGAGAUACCACUACGAGUGCAUCCAAGGCAAGAAGGACAAGUGGUGCGCUACCACCAAUAAUUAUGAUGAGAAUGGGACAUGGAGCUACUGCAAAAAAAUAGUCUGCCCACAUAACACGCAUCUUAUCAAGGCAAAGAAGGACAAGAAGGGUCAAGAGAAGCAAGCUACCUGUAUUUCCAACUUACGGGAGGCAGUGGUCGUUCAUGCUCAGGAAACGAUUGGUCCGAAGUCGAAGAAGAAGGAGAAGUCAAAGGAGAAGAAGAAGGAAGAGGCGAUGAAGAAGGUGAAGUCAAAUGCAACGGGGAAGAAGAAGCCAGCGAAGGAGGUCAAGUCGCCUGAGGAAGGAGCAGGAAAGGGGUCAAAGAGGGAGACGGGGAAGAAGAAGAAGAAGAGAAAGAAGGAGAUGGAUAAAGACAAAGAAAAGAAGAAGGAUGGAGGGAAAUUGGGAAAGAAAAAGGAGAAGAAGAAGAAGGUUAAAACGGGUAAAGAAGAGGAAAUGAAGAAGGAGAAGGUGAAAAAGAUGAAAAAGAUGAAAAAGAAAGAAAAGAAGAAGAAAAAGGGAGAAAAGGAUGGCGACAAAGGAGAGAAAAGGAAAAAGGAAGGCAAGAAAAGUAGAACAGAAGUCAAAGGCAAAGGAAAAAGAAAAGGGAAGGGUGAGAAAAGAGAGAAAGUUAAAAAGACUAAAAAGACUAAAAAGGGAAAUAAAUUGAAGAAGAAAUAUAAGGUUGGGCUGGGAGAGGGGAAGGAAGGCAGGAAAGAAGCGAAAGAGAAUAAAAAAAGGAAAGGUCGGAAGGGUGGGAAAAAGGAGCUGAAAAAGACUGAUCAAGACAAAAAGGCAACGAAAUCUAAAAAGAAAGACUAUGGAAAGAAGAAAGGCGAGAAGGGCGAGUCAAAGAACAAAAAGAAACAUGAUAAUACGAAAGGGUCGAAACGUAAAAGGAAAAAGGAAGGAAGAAAUGGGAAAGGGGAACGGAAAGGCAAGACCAUUGUUGCUGCCACCCUCCCACCAGGGACCGGGGUCAUGGUUUCUAGGAAAGGGACAUUGUACAGUAAGGUCGGGGGUGAUGUUGGUGGGAAUAAGGCAAUGGAGGGACAAGCGCUGGAACCUCCAAAAAGCCAAAUGCCACCUAAGAAUGUUAUAAUAAAUUCUAAGGAAAGUGUGAAGGGUGCUAGUAGUACGAAAAAGGCAUCGAAGAAGGACAAGAAGACGAAGAAGAGGGACAAGAAGAAAGAUGAGAAGGGGGAAGUGAAAAAAGACAAAAAGGAGAAGAAAGACAAAUCAGGAAAAGGGAAGGACGAUAAGAAGAGGAAAGCGAAAAAGUAUAAGAAAGGAAAGAAAGACAAGAAAGACAAGAAGGGGAAGACGGAUAAGAAGGGUAAAGUGAAAAAGCACAAAAAGGUGAAGAAAGACAAGAAGGGUAAAGUGAAAAAAGAUAAGAAGGGCAAAGUGAAAAAAGACAAGAAGGGUAAAGUGAAAAAAGAUAAGAAGGGUAAAGUGAAAAAGCACAAAAAGGUGAAGAAAGACAAGAAGGGUAAAGUGAAAAAAGAUAAGAAGGGUAAAGUGAAAAAAGAUAAGAAGGGUAACGUGAAAAAAGACAAAAAGGGUAAAGUGAAAAAAGAUAAGAAGGGUAAAGUGAAAAAGCACAAAAAGGUGAAGAAAGACAACAAGGGUAAAGUGAAAAAAGAUAAGAAGGGUAAAGUGAAAAAAGAUAAGAAGGGUAAAGUAAAAAAAGAUAAGAAGGGUAAAGUAAAAAAAGAUAAAAAGGGUAAAGUGAAAAAAGAUAAGAAGGGUAAAGUGAAAAAAGAUAAGAAGGGUAAAGUAAAGGAAGACAAAAAGGGACAUAAAGACAAGAAAGGGAAAGUCAAGAAAGUCAAGAAGGAGAAAAGAGACAAAAAGGAGACGAAGGACAAGAAGGGAAAAGACAAAAAUGUGAAAGUGAAGAAAAACCAGAAGGGGAAGGACGACGAAAAAGGGGAAAGGAAACAUAGGAAGAAGGAUUUUUCACUUUUCGGCAGUGCAUGGCCAUGGGCAACAGUUGAUAAAAAUGGUAAACCUUUAACGUCGAAGAAAAUGUCGAAGUCUCAAGUGACAAAGGCGUCCCCUGUCGGGAAACACGUCAUGCCAAAGGAGGGAAAGGUGUGGCAUGGAGUAUCCACGUUCAAACCAAUGGCACCAGUUAGGCGUCCAAUUAUGGUGGACAUUAAAGAGACACGGUAUAAAAACGAGGCCCCGGUCGUCCCGAGUGGUCUGUUUCAGACAGUGACGCUGUCUCCUGAGGAAGUUUCACAUGUGAAGAAGGUGAAGAAAGGGGUACCACAUAUUUUGGAAGGGACCCGACACCAUGGUGUUUGGAAGGGGAAGGCCAUAUUGCCCGGGGAGCACAAACCGAUCAAGUUCAGCGCGGUUGAUCCUGGGAAGCUGCAUGAUAUGAUGAAGCUACUGCGGCCGUCGGAGCGGAAGAAAUUUGAAGACAAGAUCGAAAAAUUAGAGGCAGAGAAAAUGCAGAAGAAGAAGAAGUCUAAUGAUGAUGAUGAUGAUGACGAUGAUGAUGACGACGACGAUAUCAAAAGAAAAGGAAAGAAGAGGAAAUACAAGUGCAUGAAGGGAUAUGAAUUCCAAAGCGGAAAAUGCUUAAAAUAUGAGUGCCCAGACGGCUGGAAAAGAAAAGGAUUUGAAUGCUUCGACCCAAAAUAUAAGGGAAACCACCAAAAUAAACCACCAAAAGAUUUUAAAUGCAGGAAAGAUGCUGUAUUUGCUGGAAACGGGUGUCUAGAUCUCAAAAACCCGAUUGUCUCAUGAUCAUUAUUACUACGCAUGUUCGGUCUACAUCAGCCCGCUUCCGCCGACUGCUUCUGAAGGGAAGA